UGAAAUCCAAAAUUAUUUGGUGUCGCAAUCGAAGAAAAAACGUUCAGCAAGUUUAAAUAGUGACGAUGGCGAUGUCGAAUUUAUACUCGAAAAUAUCGACGAAACCGAUGAAACGCUUCCAGGAUAACGUCACGGUCAAGCAGACUAAUCCGUGGUUAAAUGCGGAAUCACCAAUUACUGCAUCAGAUUCACCACCAACAGUAAGCCCACUUUCUUCUUCCAUCGUACUUCAACGCGAGGGAACAAUAAAGCAACCUUUCAGUGCACCUGCAUCACCUCUGUCUUCCUUGUCAUCCCCCAUAACUCAACUAAAUUUAUCAUCACCUGAAGACUGUACACAAGAUCCUAAUUGGCAAGCAACAAAACCCACAGUACGCGAACGGAAUGCUGCCAUGUUUAAUAAUCAUCUGAUGGCUGAUAUUAUAUUUAUUGUUGGCAGUCCAGGUCAUACGCAAACUAUACCAGCACACAAGUAUGUGUUAGCUACUGGUAGUUCUGUAUUCUAUGCCAUGUUUUAUGGUGGACUAGCAGAGAAUAAAAGAGAUAUAGAAGUACCAGAUGUAGAGCCAGCUGCCUUUCUUGCACUGUUAAGGUACAUGUACUGCGAUGAAGUACAAUUAGAAGCUGAUACUGUGUUAGCAACGCUCUAUGUUGCUAAAAAAUACAUAGUCCCUCACCUAGCCAGGGCAUGUGUUAAUUACUUAGAAACAAGCUUAACAGCAAAGAAUGCGUGUUUACUUUUGAGUCAGUCUCGUUUAUUCGAAGAACCAGACCUUAUGCAGCGUUGCUGGGAAGUAAUAGACGCUCAAGCAGAAAUGGCACUAAGGUCAGAUGGCUUUGUGGAUAUCGAUAUACACACUCUUGAAUCAGUACUCUCUCGAGAAACAUUAAAUUGUAAAGAAAUUCAUAUAUGGGAUGCUGCAUUGCGAUGGGCUACUGCCGAAUGCAUUAGGCAAGAAUUUGAGCCCACAGCAGCAAAUCAAAGACGAUUACUAGGAUCUGCUCUGUAUUUAAUUAGACUUCCUGCCAUGAAUUUGGAAGAAUUUGCCAAUAGUGCUGCACAAACUGGAAUCCUAACACAACAAGAGACAAUCGAUGUCUUUCUGCAUUUUACUGCUAGCAAUAAACCACAACUUUGUUUUCCUAUCAAACCUCGACAGGGAUUAAAGACUCAGGUGUGCCACAGGUUUCAGUCGUGUGCAUACAGAUCAAACCAAUGGCGCUACAGAGGUCGGUGUGAUUCGAUUCAGUUUAGCGUUGACAAAAGGAUUUUUGUUGUUGGUUUCGGGCUAUAUGGAAGCUCGUCUGGUGCCGCGGAUUAUAAUGUUAGAAUUGAACUAAAAAGACUGGGCUGUGUUUUGUCCGAGAAUAGCACAAAAUUUUUCUCCGAUGGUUCGAGUAGUACGUUUCACGUGUAUUUUGAAAAUCCAAUUCAAAUCGAGCCAGAAUGCUUUUAUACAGCUAGCGUAAUAUUAGAUGGAGGGGAGUUAAGUUAUUUCGGUCAAGAGGGCAUGUCGGAAAUAACAGUUAGUAAUGUAAACUUUCAAUUUCAAUGCAGUUCAGAAAGUACGAAUGGUACAGGUGUGCAGGGAGGACAAAUACCCGAGUUAAUUUUCUACGGACCGCCAGUAGAUGACUGA